GAAGAAAAGGAGGGAGUGCGCAAGAGGGAGGGUGCCGGGCGAAUUCGGUAGCUGAGCAGAGCUCUCAAUCUGUUUUCGUUUUACUCAAGACGAGAAACAAACCAACAGCCGUGAAGGGUGCACUGCCGGUGAUCGACGGAUAACCAAAAAACACUUACACAGGUGUCUGCUGGAAUUAAUCUGGGGACAUUUUCGUUCUUUCACUAAAAGAAAAUACGUGGAAAAGAUAGUACAUCUGAUCAUCUAUCGUCAGCAUUUUCAACACUGGAAAAAUUGUUGACGAAAUGGGGCGAAAAAUAUUUAUUUGCUGAGACGAACCAUCUGUUUUGGAGAUCUGGAUUAUCUUCAGUUGGCUUUAAUAUUUUCACGCUUUAAAACCUCACACGGAGUCUAUAAUGGACUUGGGAAAAGUGCUCGCGUGUGUGCUGUUCAGUCUUUUCCUGCAGGCAGGAAGUUCUCAAAGCCCGGGGACGGAUUCAGUUUUUAACUGCUGUGAGGGCGAUAUCUUGUUCCUGUUGGAUUCCUCCGGCAGUGUGUCGUCGUUCGAGUUCUCCCACAUGCUGAGCUUCCUGUCGGAGCUUGUGCUGCCCUUCUCUCUGGGUCCUGAACAGGUGGGGGUAUCCCUGCUGCAGGUUGGGACUGAGCCUCAUCUGGAGUUUGGCUUUGGGACCUACAGCACCCAGCAGGGCCUACAAGAGGCCCUGAGCAGGACUAAGCAGCUUGGAGGAGACACCAACACAGAGGCUGCUCUGAUCUUUGCCAAAGAAUGGGUGUUAAAACAAGGUGUGACUGGGGGAGCCCGACCAGGACUACCAAGAGUGCUGGUGUGGCUUACUGAUGGGGUGGAGCCGGGUGACGUGCAGGGACCAAUGGCUGAACUGCGAGACAAGGGCGUGGCGGUGCUGGUGGUGUCCACUGGCCGGGGGAACUACCAGGUGCUGAGCGAUGUAGUGAGCCCACCUGCUGAGGAUCACCUCUACUUUGUGGAUAUUGAAGACAUGAGCAUCAUCACUGAGGACCUAAGAAAUGCCAUCAUUCGCAUCAUUCUUGCUGAGAGGCUGCAGGUUAGAGAUAUCUCCUCUACUAGCGCAGUAUUGCACUGGAGGCCUGUGCUUUCAGGCACUGGCUACUAUGACAUCCGGUUUGGGCCCAUUUACUCCAGUCAAGCGGGGCCUGGGGGAGGCCCAGGCACCAAGCCUGGCACUGGUCCUGGCCACUAUCAACGAAUCACCCGUCCUGCGUUCUCCAUCUCCGCCCAGUUGACUCACCUGCGGCCAGACACCACGUACAACAUCACUUUGAUUCCAGUGUCAAACCUGGAGUUCUAUAACAAGCUUAGCACUCUCUUCACCACCCAUGCAGAAUCAGAGGCUAUGCAGAGCCCGGCACAGGUGACGGUGUCGGAGUCAACAGUGAACAGCGUGAGGGUGAGCUGGGGUCCCCUGCAGCCGGAUUUAGUACACAGCUACCAGGUGGAGUAUUCAGCACUGCCUACGGGGAAGCUCCAUGUGGUCACCGUCAGUAACAGGCAGAAUUCAACGGUGCUUGCCAACCUGCUGCCCGACACACAGUACCUGGUUACUGUGAGCGCCCGCUACUCCUCUGGCAAAGAGAAAGCAAUGUCUGUCAAAGUGUGCACUCAAGAAAUAUUUCCAGCUCUAGCAGAUCUGAGGCUUACUACCACGGGCAGUGACUCAGUGCAGCUUAGGUGGAGAGGUAGUGCUGAUGGCCUGCGUGGUUACUGGGUUACGUGGGAGCAUGAGUUUGUCCACUCCGCUGCCCAGCGUUCCACCCUGUAUCUGCCACCCCACCUCCUCUCCACAACGCUCACCAAUGUGCCCCCCAACGCCCGGGUCUGUGUCUCCCCCGUUUACAAGUCAGCUCGGGGAGAAGGCCUUUGCUGUACUGCUCACUUCAGCUCAGAUUUUUGGACUACUACUAGCUACUGGAGUAUCCUGUUUUCAAAUCUUCUUCUUACACAGCCGCAGUGCCCUGGAGCCAGAGGUUGUAGCUCUGCCAGAAAGAUGUGGAGCUGAAAACCUUACCACAGAUGGAAAAAGGGAAGAGAAAGACUGCUAAGAGCAAUAGAGGCCUGCUGGAACGUGCUCAAUGGCAAUACACAAUCUGCACUGAAUACAUAAGUUACUCACGCUCCCAAACUACUUGUAAAACACAACAGGCACAAAUCAGACUGAAAAACCAUCUAGAGACUUUAUCUGUUUAAGAGAUUUAAACUAUUCAAAAUUGAGUACACGUUGAGAAAUGAGAUCAAAAGAGGUUAGUGCACUAUUGUGUAAAUAUCAUUUCAAUAGUGAAAUCUGCGAUGAGAAAGGUGAUGCACUGUUGUCCCACGUUUUAUGUUUAACAAGGGAACAAUUAAAUAUUUCAACCUAGCGAAGGUCUUAUGCAUUAACCACUGCUUAAGGGUAAAAAGAAUGUCCCAGUAUGUUGCUAGAGUGCACAGUUAAGCACAGUUAAGCACAGUUACCUUACCAUAAUUAUCUCAAGUUCUCAGUUCCUUGCCUGAGGAUGUGACGGAUAGUAGGGUACUUCCCAACCUCAAACUAAGUUUCCAGAAGUCACAGCCCACUGCUUCCUUAUAUCUACUUAUUGGUGGAACCUGGGUUCACCUUGUAAAUCUCGCUUGGCAUGCUAUGAUUUCAGGAUGAUUACAUGGUCAUGCUUUUUACUCCCUUCACAUGUACUGUAUCGCUUGCUUUAAAUGUUUUGUAAGACAGCUUCUAUCUUACAAAACAUUUAAAGCCCCCAAUCGUGCAUCUUAAACUUCUACUUCAGUAUAAAAUUGAAUUUGUAUUUACAAAUAAACAUUUGUCUAUGCAUU